AUGGCUGGAGACAGGCUAAGCCAGCAUCUGAGUUCCGUGUUGCUCUUCGUUCUCGGGGUAGUCACAGCUAGCCAGGUUUCCGCCGUCUCGCCGCUAACUGGCUUCAUGCUAUCCAAAUCAAUUGUGCAUCACGGUGAUCUGUCGAUGUACACGAGAGUUUUUGACAAGCUAAGCAAUCAGCGCUGCCUGAACAUCACUGUAAUCGGAGGCAGCGUGACUGUGGGGCACUGGAACUACACCUUGAUUCCCAGCCAUCACCGUUGGCCCGAACUCGUCGGAGGGCAGCUCAACGCCCGUUUUCCCUGCAGCGACCCGCAGGGUCACACGGUCAGCAACCAAGCGCACGGGGCCACCUCGCCGGGAAUAUGGAUUGAAAGACUGGUGGGGCAGCAAGAGGUUUGGUUUCGGGGCGUCGACCUGGUGAUCCUGGAGACGGCGGUCAACCAGGUAGCGGAGACAGCACAAGCGCAGAUGGAGGCGGAGAUAUUGAUGUCACUGGUCAUCAAGCAGUCUCGGAGGGCCCUUCAAGAGGCCGGGGAGGGUAAGCAGCAGCAAUCCACCCGAGCUUUCACCGGCACGGCGGUGAUGUGGCUCGUAGCUUCCACCCGGCGCCAGUCGCCUGUUUGGACCGGGGUGCCGUACCAACGAACUUCCGAUGCCAUGUAUGCACAGCUGCCUGUGGCCCAGCACCAUGGCGUGCCCAUCAUCUCAGUGAUUGAUGCCCUGGGCCCUUUCCCCACGACGGCUCUCCAAGCCUGGUUCAAUGAGACCUGGUACCGAGGGGACAAGGUCCACCCGGAAGCAUUUGGCCACAUCCUCUUAGCUGACCUGGUACUUCACUACCUUCAUUUGGCAUACGAACACACUCGCCUUUUUCAGUGGUACCCGCUACCAAAAGAGUACAUUCUCAGAGAGCCCCUCUUUGUCCCGCAAGAAAACCUGGAUUUCUUCCUGGAUGCCCGACCUAUCACCAUCGGCUUCGAACACUCGAGAAUCUUGGACGCUCGCAGAGGCAGCCCGUGUCAAGGGUGGUGGGUGUAUGCAGAUGUGCCAGAUAAAAUGGGCUUGAUAUCGCAGACGCCUGGCUCGACCUGCGAUAUUUCGGUGUCGCCGGAAGAGGUCAGCCACCUGAGCGCCGGAAAGGCCUACCUAGUGCUCAUGAAAUCGUACGAAAACAUGGGAGUGCUCGACUUGACGAUUCACGCGGGAAGAGCUGCCGCUGCAAAUGGGACUUGCGAGCGUUCCAGCAGUGGCGGUGCGCCUGUCGUCCUCGGGUCGAUUAGUGUGGAUUUGCUUUGGGCGUCAAAAGCGUCGCUGGCCGACGUGGUUGCCUUCCCCUUCAAACUCCCGACAGCGGAUGGUUCGACGUGCCUUCUAGCAAGUUUCAGCGUAAAGGAAACGGACCGGUCGAAAAACAAGGUGAAGGUGCUGGGCCUUCAGUUGUUCUGA